AAAAAAAAAAAGAAUGUCUACUCGUACGGACAUCAUCCACAUCAAGAAACCCUCAAAGCAAAGCGUCCGGUCUACUGAGAGUGGCUACAGCAGUUUGGAGAGGAAAAAUGUUGGGGUCAAAGUCAGAGCAGCUCAGAAUCAAAACUUCGAUUGCAGCGAGUUGAGCGAGACAGUGUUUGACGAGCAUUACUCCGAGGAUCCGCCGCUGGAUGUGAAACCUGUUCUAACAGAAACCACUGCAGAGAUCUCCACGGGUGAUCAAGACGCAACUGCAGAGAUCUUCACGGGCGACCAUGACGCCAAUGAGAAGCUGGUACAAUCCAAUGGCGAGAAAGCUAAAGUGAGUGAUAUUAAAAUGGCUGCAUUUGUGGUCAUUGGUUGAAUCAUACUCACUAUAAUUAUAUACACAAUGCAUAUAAUAUAUAUUUAAAAAAAAAAAAUUUUAAUCUGUUUAAAUCCAAGGCAUACGGGGGGAAAAAAUCCUAAUUUCAUGUUGAAUGUGGCAUUUCUAUUAUUCUAUUAACAAAAUAUAAAGUGCAAUAAAAAAAUCUUUUAUGAAAAAAAAAGAGAAAAAAAAAGAAAAUAAAGUAAGAAAAACAUUGUGUUUUUGCAGCAAGUUUUUAUGUUUAGUGACGUCAUAAGGUUACGCGUUUUGUUAAUAUCCAAUUGGAAAAGAAAUAUUGAAAUAUUUAGCCAUUUAGCCACAGUUGCAGAAAGUUUUUGGAAAUGCCUCAGUGGCGGACGUUAAUAUACUAGUAUUUUGAAUAAAUUGUUUGCACCCAAUUCCCAGUAUGUAGUUUUAUAUUAUGAUUAUAAUUCUAGAUGUGUAGCAAUAAAACGAAGACGUUGAAUAUUCAAAGGAAUGAGCUGAGGCCAUCGUACCCUGCUUCACUUCAUUCACAUUACUAUGGGUGCUGUUGAGUUCGGGGUGAAGCCAUAAGAAAUGGGAAACACGUGGCAGGGGAACAUCUGAAUGAAAUACGAAACAUAAUUUGUGUGGUCUUCAUCUUUUUUUUUUUGGAAGUCUUUCAGCCAAAACGUCCGCUGCUUAGUUUUAUCAUUUUCCGUCGCUGUCCCUAAAAUGUCGUUGUCACUCUAAAAAAAUGUCGUUGUCUUUAAAAAUGUCGUUGUUAUUAAAUGUCGUUGUCACUAAAAUGUCGUUGUAACUAAAAUUUCAUUGUUCCCUAAGUGCAUGUCGUGACUUGUCUAUGAUUUUAAAUGUUGAUUAAAAAGACAGGAUUUUUCUCACGCGGGAUGAAGUAAACAGGCGCAUGAGUAUAAUAUCAAAGUACCUUGUCUUAGUUCAUUUGUUAGGGACUUGAAUGCAUGGUGUGAUUGCGUGUUGGUUUGAGAUUAUGUGUGUUGUUUUAUCUGUUAUUUUUAGUAUCUUGUGACGUAUUGUGUGAAAAGGGAUAUGACGUAUUAGUAUUGUAGAUGGUUGUGGAGUGUUGUUCUUUGAGUACGGUAAUGGCAGUUGAGGACUUAGUUUGAUUAAUAAAGAUAUUUCAUACAAGAAUUAUAGUUGUGAAGUGUAUAUAAUAAACCCCUAGACAACGAAGCCAAAAACCUAUUUAGCAAGAAGAGGUUUGUAACAUUUGGGAUGCUCGUCCGGGAUUGGGCGCCCAUUGUGACUGCAUACUGAUGUAUAUGUGUGCUGCUGGUCCUGUGUCCCGCUGGGUUUGAAUCCUGCUAAACCUACAUCCUGCGACUACUACAUGCUGCUCUACUGUAUCCUGGUUUGACGUUAGGCCGCUGCCUGGUCUGUAUCCUGCCUGGCCUGUAUCCCACUGGGCCUGUAUCCAGCGACCAUCGUAUGCUGCUGUGCUGUGUGGUUGCCGUAUCCUGCUGGUUACCCUAUCCUGCUGGCUGCCAUGCCCUGUUGGUCGCCUUAACCUGCUUGUUGCCGACCCUGCUGGUUGCCGUACCCUGUGUUGCCGUAUCCUGUGCGGUUGCCAUAUCCUGUGUGGUUGCCGUAUCCUGUGUGGUUGUCGUAUCUUGUGUGGUUGUCGUAACCUGCGUGGUUGCCGUAUCCUGCUGGCCGCCCUACCCUGCUGGCCGCCCUACCCUGUUGGUCGCCGUACCCUGCUGUUGCCAACCCUGCUGGUUGCCGUAUCCUGUGUUGCCGUAUCCUGUGUGGUUGCCGUAUCCUGCGUUUUGCCGUAUCCUGUGGUUGCCGUAUCCUGUGGUUGCCGUAUCCUGUGGUGUUGCCGUAUCCUGUGGCUGCCGUAUCCAGUGUUGUUGCCUUAUCCUGCUAGCUACCAUACCCUGUUGGUCGCCUUACCCUGCUUGUUGCCGUAUCCUGCUUGUUGCCGACACUGCUGUAACACUGACACUAGUGCUGUACCCGUGUUGAAUGUACCCUACUGCGGUUGUACGCCUACGCAAGUCAGCUACGUUGGGACCCAAGAUCAAGACCGGGUAAUUAGUAUAGUUUACAUUUGUUGUUGUAUAAGAUUGAUGUAUUUUUUUUAACAUUGCUACUACUAUUGAGGGCUUUAAGAUUAUUUCAAAAUGGAAACAAGGAGUGGGAAUAAAAGUAGAGUGUUAGAGCUCAGGGAGGAGGCAGAGGCGAUAGGCUAUAAAGAUGAAGCCAUCACUCAGUGGAUAGAAAAAAGGUUAAGCGAAGAAAUAGAGAGGGAAGAACGGAACGUCAGCUGGAGAGGGAAGAACGGGAACGUGAUAAACAACGUGCUCACGAGUUAGCAAUGGCAAACAACACACUGUCCAGGAGUAGCGCAGCUCCAAGGUUAAGGGAUACCAAUAAUAUGGCAGACGAUAAAGAUUUAGAAUCGUUUAUCGUUCAGUUUGAGCUGCAAGCCAAAAGACAGGGAAUCAAUAAGGAAGAGUGGGCUGUUCUUUUGACUGAAAAAUUAACUACUCGCUUUAAAAACUUUAUGACAGAUUCAAGACUAAAUGACGAAACGGACUUUGACAACAUUAAGAAAAAAUUAUUGACUCAUGCAGGGUACAACGAGGAGAGUUACCGACUGAAAUACCACAACUUAGUACCGGUAGACGACGAUAUCCGUAGUUUUGCCGUCAGAACUAAGGCCUCUUUAAAGUCCUGGGUAAACUACGCAGGGAUCCCUGAAACUUUCGAUGACCUAUUGAACCUGUUGGUGGUUGACAGAAUUAAAACUGUAGUUUCGAAAGAAGUACUGGGUAAACUAAAUGAAGGAAAAAAACUCGACCUAGAAGAAAACUUACAAAUCAUUGACAAUUAUAAGAACAUCCAACCCGGCGUCAAAGUUACUAUGAAACAUGACAGAGAAUUCCCAUACAUCGCAGCGGGCUCAACGUUGCCGGGGAAAAAUGUGAAGUUUAACCGUUCACCAUCACCUCACAGGGAGAGACUCGCUUCGACUAGACAACAUGACAGUAGGCUGGUACAAUAUUACAGAUGUGGGGGAAUGGGGCAUAUUUCUAACGUGUGUCCCACUGUCCCAAAGGAUCCGGAAAAAACAAGCAGAAAACAGAACUAUCGUGAUAGUAGAGCCCACUACCCUGGUGAUAGAAUAUGACUCCAACCAGUCAAUAAGCACAAGCAACACUGUGGAGCGUGUAAAAACCUCCACAUCAAUAAAAGCCCCGUUUUCCCUUGCAAACCUGAAUUUUUUUAUAGCAUAGUAGAAAAUAAAAUUAAAGAUAAAUCAGUGGGUACAUUACGCCUGGAGGAAGGCUUGUUAAAUGGCAAACGCGUAAAAGUCCUUAGAGAUACAGGGUGCAGCAUUAUAGGGUGCAGGGCAAACUUGAUUGAUAAACAUACAAUCUUGCCUAGUUAUUACACAUUAAAACUGAUCGACGGACAGGUCCGGCAAUAUCCCACAGCUUACGUUGAGAUAGAUACUCCCUAUGUUAAAGGCACAUUUGUGACAGCACUCUUUGAUGACCCCGUUGCUGAUUUAAUAAUAGGUAACGUAGAUGACGCCCAUACAUUAGAUGCCAACGCAGUCACAAGAGCCAUGACAACUAAAGACUCGGUAGUUAAAGAAGAACCCCAGGAUAUGUUUAUCACUGAGGAUCCCAGUGUAUUUGACCCCACAUGCUUUGCAGUAGACCCAAAAAAAUGACCAAUCAUUAGAUAAAUUCUGGGAAAAAGCCGAAUCAGGAGAAUGGCACGAAAAGAAAAGUGGGAUAUCGACUUUUAUUGUCAGGAAAGGGCUUCUGUGUAAGCACUAUGAAAAAAAGACAGGGCAAAUACAAGAACAACUGGUAAUUCCUGAAAAUAGAAGGGACUUCAUUCUCUCAAAUGGACAUUCGGGACUUCUAGCUGGACACAUGUCCAUAAACAAGACACGGGAAAGAAUUUAUGCUCAAUUUUAUUGGCCUGGGAUAGAUAGAGAUAUUAAAAAUUACAUAAAAACAUGUGAUAUUUGUCAAAAGGCCAGUUAGCCAGGACAGAAAAAACCCGUAGAACUAGGGAAAAUGAACAUAAUAACAACCCCAUUUACUAAAGUCGCCUUUGACAUAGUGUGUCCCAUGCGAUUGACAGCCAGAAAAAAUAGAAUUAUCUUGACUCUAAUUGACAUUGCAACAAGAUGGCCUGAGGCCGUCGCCUUAAAAGAUACAACUGCUGAGACAAUAAUAGAGGCACUGGGCGUCAUAUUUUCUAGAAUAGGCUUUCCAGAAGAGAUAUUAUCCGAUAAUGGACCUCAAUUUAAGUCUGAGAUUUAAGCCCAGGUCACGAAUUUCUUUGGCAUUAAAAGAGUAAACUCGUCCCCAUAUCACCCUAGUUCGAAUGGGUUAGUUGAAAGGUUCAAUGGUUCACUUAAAUCAAUGCUGCGAAAACUGGCCGCAGAAGAACCCGAAAAUUGGGAUAGGUUUAUAAGUUCAGCAUUAUUUGCACUGAGGGAGGUGCCUAAUGAAUCCACUAAGAUUUCACCUUAUGAAAUGGUAUAUGGGCGUAAAGUACGAGGCCCAAUGUCUAUAAUAAAGCAUCUAUUUACCGAUGACUUUAUAAAGGGAGAAACAAAGACCGUUUAUCAAUACCUACUAGAUAUAAGGCACAGACUUCAAAGGACAACAGAACUAUCACUCUCCAGCAAUGAAACCGCUAAAGUUAAAAUGAAAACAUAUUACGACAAAAAGACCUCUUCUAAGAUUUUCGAUGUGGAGGACUACGUUCUGCUUCUGAAACCCAAAAGAAAAAACAAACUUGCUUUGUUCUGGGAUGGACCAUAUAAAGUUACUCGGCGUACUUCAAAAUUUAACGUUACCAUUAAGAAAGGGAUGUCCACAAAAACAUAUCAUAUUAACAGAGUGAUGAAAUAUCACGACCGUCACAAAGAGGUACAACCAAUGGAAGAGGAACACAUGUUACACGGCUGCAACACAUCCAUCAUUACGGAAGACGAUUUCGAUGACAACGACAUAGACACAACAGGUGAUUUGUUGACUUUACCGACGCCAAGUUACACAGAUAAGGAAAAACUCAAACAAAUUUCCAUUAAUCGUGAUUUGUCACCACGUCAAACAGACGAGGUCACAAAGCUAUUGGCUGAAUUUGACGUGGUGAUUUGUUGACUUUACCGACGCCAAGUUACACAGAUAAGGAAAAACUCAAACAAAUUUCCAUUAAUCGUGAUUUGUCACCACGUCAAACAGACGAGGUCACAAAGCUAUUGGCUGAAUUUGACGACGUCAUAUCUGACAUUCCAGGGAAGGCAAAAGUUGAAGAGUUUAACAUAAGGGUCACAUCAAACAAGCCGAUAGUUUUGAAACAAUACACCGUUCCAUUACAUUUAAGAGACAAGCUUGACCAAGAAGUGAAAAAUAUGUUAGAAUUGGGGAUCAUUGAAGAAAGUACUUCACCAUAUGCCGCACCUGUGGUAUUAGUUAAGAAAAAAGAUGGUUCAAUCCGUACCUGCGUAGACUAUCGCAAACUUAACUUUAUCACAGAAUUCGAUGCCGAAGUCAUCCCUGACCCAGAAGAUAUUUUCUCAGCGUUACACGCAGCCACAUAUUUUUCUAAAAUAGACCUUACGAAAGGAUUCUGGCAGAUCCCUGUAUCUGAAAAUAGUAAGCCUUAUACGGCCUUCAGGGUACCAUUAGGGCAUUUUCAAUUCCGUUAUUUACCAUUUGGCCUAAAAAACAGUCCCUCUAUCUUUGCCAGAGUUAUUAGAACACUUUUGAAAGACAUCGACAAUGUGGUUUCCUAUUUUGAUGACAUAUGUAUUCACACUCAAACUUGGGAGGAACAUAUAGAAACCUUACAUAAGGUUUUUAUGAAACUAAGGGAGGCAGGAUUUACGGCAAAACCUAACAAACUAGAACUUGGCUUCUCUAAAAUUACCUUUUUAGGGCACAGUGUGGGAAAAGGGAAUCAAGGACCUGAUCUAGAUAAUAUUGAGAAAAUCCUCCAAUUGAGUACCCCUAGGACUAAAAAGGAAGUGAGGAGUUUGUUGGGACUUAUUAAUUAUUAUAACAAAUUUAUUCCCAAAUUUUCUGAUAUUGUACAUCCUUUGACAAACCUUUUACGAAAAGGGGCACCUUCAAAAAUUGAUUGGUCCCCUAAAUGCGAUGGCGCCUUGAAAAGUAUUCAGACACAUUUGGCCAGUGAACCCAUUCUUAAACUACCAGAUCUUACAAAACCAUUUACUCUCCAAACGGAUGCCUCAAAUAUUGGUAUUUCUUGUUGUUUGAUGCAGAGGUUUGAAGGAAUACUUCAUCCCGUCAGAUUUAUGAGUCGAAAACUUUUAACGAGAGAGCAACGUUAUUCUGUUAUUGAGAGAGAGUGCCUGGCAAUUGUAUGGUCUGUACAGCGGCUCUCUAAAUUUUUAUAUGGACAGGUCUUUGAACUUCUCUGUGAUCAUGCUGCAAGAGUACAGUUUCACUGUGCAGCAUAUCAAGGGUUCUGACAAUUUUGCUGCAGACAUGACAUGCUAUCUCGAUUAGUUUAAGAAAACCUUCUACAUGACCCAUAUUAGGCCCAUUUGGGCAUGGGACAAAAAUUGUACAUAUAUGUCAUUAAUUAUUAAUUAUUGUUUUCUUGUUCAUGAAAGUAUUGGUGGUUGUAUUAUUUCAUAUGUGUUUAAAAAAAAACAAAAAAAAAAAAACUCUUAUUAUGUUAUGAAUGACAUUAAUAUAUUAAUAAUGAGCUUGUACGUCGUUGUUUGUUUUGAAUUAAUUUUCAUGAUAAUAAUAUUAUCAAAUUAUAUUGUAUUCUCUCUAUGGAAAAAUCAAUUUAAAUUAUAUUCCAUAACUUUAAAUGUAUCAUGUUUGGUUUUGUCUUUGUACAUAGCACUGAGUAGAGUUGUGUACAGACACUAUACUCCAGUGCCUGAGACAGGUGUUUUAACUAGUCAAGGCGGUAUAGUGGAAUCCUCGUGCAAGCUAUCCUGGUGAUGGUCUCAGAAUUUAGUUACCGAGGCAGUAUCUUUAGGACAUAGCAAUGUUUAGAUGCUACUGUUUUGAACAUGGCUAAGUAGGGGGGAUGAUUAUGCGAACCACUGCGAUAUUGGGCGACGCUGGGAUUUUGACAAGAGGGAAAUUUGGAUCUUGUCCGAGGUUCGAAAAUAUUGGGACCUGGACAGGCGACGAUAAUCACGACGUAGAGGUCAUGAACUUGUCAAGGACAUUCCUAAAACUGGGGGGGGGGCGUGUCGAGUCCAUCUCCAACUCAGACAAUUUUGCUGUGGCUAAUGGUUUUUACUUAAGUUACAUGGAGGAGGCUAUUUUUUUCCCCAUUGUUCGAGUUGGAUGAGAGAAAUUUUGUUUUCAUAAUGUACACGUGAAGAUGAUAUAUUAUGUUUGGGAGCAGGAAUUGCUCAGAACUAAAUUGUAUUUAAGGGUUUGACUUUGUUGAGUUGGGAGGUGAUACUAACAAUUUUAUGUAUGUUGCCAGAUUGGUUAAACAUUUUGGAUUGGCAAUGUGUUAUAAGUCUGUUUGUAAUACAUGUCGCUUAAUUGAAAAUGUAAUAUUGCAAUUGAUUGGUUUACAUUUGGUAUUUACUCUUGUUAAUUGUUUAAUGUCUAUUGACAAAUUUUUUGGAUAUGUAUUUGUGGGUGACAUGAAUUUUUCAAAUUAAUGUCAAAGGAAGCGGGGGGAGGAAUGUUAGGGACUUGAGUGUAUAGUGUGAUGGCGUGUUGGUUUGAGAUUAUGUGGGUUGUUUUAUCUGUUAUUUUUAGUAUCUUGUGACGUAUUGUGUGAAAAGGGAUAUGACGUAUUCGUAUUGUAGAUUAUUGUGGAGUGUUGUUCUUUGAGUACGGUAAUGGCAGUUGAGGACUUAGUUUGAUUAAUAAAGAUAUUUCAUACAAGAAUUAUAGUUGUGAAGUGUAUAUAAUAAACCCCUAGACAAGGAAGCAAACAAACCUAUUAAGCAAGAAGAGGUUUGUAACAACAUUGUCUUAGUAAAAUUUAAUUGUCUUAGUACCCUGUCUAAGAACAUUUUCUUAGUACAUUGUCUUAGUACGUUGUCGUAGUUUAUUAUCUUAGUACACUAUUUUAGUACAUUGUCUUAGUUACAUUGUCUUGGUUACCUUGUCUUAGUUACCUUGUCUUGGUUACCUUGUCUUAUUUACCUUGUCUUAGUUACCUUGUCUUAGUUUAUACAACUAUUGCAAAAAUAGCAAUGCAGAUCCUUUAAAACUGUAUUUAAAAUAUCAUAUUAAAAUCUGUACUACACAAGGCUUGAUAAGUUUCAGUUGAAUAUGAAAACAGUCCACGCCAAGAAGCGAUGGAAAGCUGUUGUAUAAGUCUCUAUACUUGCAUACAUAUUUUAUGUUCUUCAGCCGGUAGUCGAGAUAGAGGUUGAAGGAUUACUUCCCAAGCCAUCGCCCGAAGACGACGAUGGCUGGACGGAAGAUGAGGAAGACAUUGACAAAGAACAGUCCCAAGGGCUUCUCCCCAGAAUUAUUUUAUCGAUUCGAAAGUUUUUUCUGACAUGUCUGACAUUAGUCUUGAAGAAAACAAAAGGCUAUCUGGU